GCGACGCGGCAGCCAUGGCGGCCUGCGCCUCCUCCUCCUCUCUCCUCGGCCGCCGCUUCCUCCUCCUCUCCCGCCGCUUCGUCUCUUCUCCCCUCCGCCCCUUCUCCACCACCUCAUCCCCGUCUUCACACUCCGCCCCAGGAUUCGAUGCAGAGCCCGAUCCUGAGCAGCCCCCGGCCGAUCAGGAGGGUAAUCAGGCUCCCAACAACAAGCCCCCCAACACCAACCGCCCACUCGAGAACGGCCUCGACCAGGGCAUCUACAAGGCUAUAAUGGUGGGGAAGGUGGGGCAGGAGCCUAUGCAGAAGCGCCUGCGGAGCGGGAGGACCGUCGUGCUCUUCUCGCUCGGCACCGGCGGCAUCCGCAACAACCGCCGCCCCUUGGACAACGAGGAGCCGCACCAGUACGCCGAUCGCAGCUCAGUGCAGUGGCACCGCGUAUGCGUCUACCCGGACAGGCUGGGAAGCCUCGCGCUGAAGCAUGUCAAGACUGGGACUACUAUCUAUUUGGAAGGAAAUCUCGAGACAAAGGUGUUCUCUGAUCCUAUUACUGGGCUGGUUAGACGCAUAAGAGAAAUAGCUGUGCGUGGAAAUGGCCGGCUCCUGUUUCUUGGUGAUGACAGCAAGGGUCCCAAGAUAGGUGAACUGAAGGGCGUUGGGUACUUCUGAAAGCAAUAAUGGUGGACUUACGGACAGUUUAUCCUACGGAAAAGCUUACGGACCGACCUGUUUAUGGAUAUGUUGGUUGAAGUUGCAUAAAAAGCGGACCACAUUCUGGUUUCACCCCUACAUGUUGUGUAAUGUUGCUAGUCCAUAACAAUUUUUCGUAAAACCAGUUCGUAAGUGUAACAAUACUGUUCUGAAAGUGAGUCCAACAAAAUCGAUUUGAGAAGUAGUGGACCAAUAAUGGCAUGUUGCCACGGUUUGUUAGUUUGGCCGUGUCUAAUCACAUUCCUAUCUUCAUUAAGAUUUCAGCACCAUUGUAGAUGCCAUGUAAUUUACGAGUAACUGAUUUGUACGGUUUAACUCAAUUGAUACAGUACUUGUUCUUA